AUGCGGUGUAGGAACAUGUUCUUCUCAUUUAAGGCAUCUCUUUGUGGCUGUGGGGUUGCCACCGGUCUGAGUUUGACAGCUAUCGGCUGUAGUCUGAACUGUAGUUGCCAGAGUUUCAAACCAGGGAAAAUAAACCACCGUCAGUGUGAGCAGUGCAGACAUGGAUGGGUGGCCCACGCUCUGAGUAAGCUGAGGGUCCCCCCUGUGUAUCCCACAAGCCAGGUGGAGAUCGUCCAGUCCAAUGUGGUGUUUGAUAUCAGUAGCCUCAUGCUCUACGGGACCCAGGCCAUCCCCGUCCGCCUGAAAAUCCUGCUGGACCGGCUCUUCAGUGUGCUGAAGCAGGAUGAGGUCCUCCAGAUCCUCCAUGCCUUGGACUGGACGCUGCAGGAUUACAUCCGUGGCUAUGUGCUGCAGGAUGCGUCAGGAAAAGUGUUGGAUCACUGGAGCAUCAUGACUAGUGAGGAGGAAGUGGCCACCUUGCAGCAAUUCCUUCGCUUUGGAGAGACCAAGUCCAUAGUUGAGCUCAUGGCAAUCCAAGAGAAAGAGGAGCAUUCCAUCAUCAUGCCACCUUCCAUGGCAAACGUGGAUAUCAGGGCUUUCAUCGAGAGCUGCAGCCACCGGGGUUCCAGCCUCCCCACCCCUGUGAACAAAGGAAACCCCAGCAGCCUGCACCCCUUCGAGAACCUCAUCAACAACAUGGCUUUCAUGCUGCCUUUCCAGUUCUUCAACCCCAUGCCUCCUGCACUGAUAGGGGCCCUGCCUGAGCAGUAUAUGCUGGAGCAGGGUCAGGACCAGAGCCAGGACCCCAAACAGAAAAUCCAUGCGUCCUUCCCCGACAGCAGCUUCUUAACAUCCAAUUCCACCCCGUUUCAGGUUGAGAAAGAGCAGUGCUUAAGUUGCCCCGAUACUGUUCCUGAAAAGGAAGAUAGCACCCAUUUGAGUGACUCCAGCUCCUACAACCUCAUUGCUAAGCUUGAAAGGACCCAGUUAUCCCCUGAGGUCAAAGUGAAGCCAGAGAGGAACAGCCUCGGCACCAAGAAGGGCCGGGUGUUCUGCACCGCCUGUGAGAAGACCUUCUACGACAAAGGCACCCUCAAGAUCCACUACAAUGCUGUCCACCUGAAGAUCAAGCAUAAGUGCACCAUCGAAGGGUGUAACAUGGUCUUCAGCUCCCUGAGGAGUCGGAACCGGCACAGCGCCAACCCCAACCCCCGGCUGCACAUGCCGAUGAACAGAAACAACAGGGACAAGGACCUCAGGAGCAGCCUGGCCCUGGCCGGCUCUGAGAUCGGCAGGCGCCCGGGGUUCGUGGGGACGCCCCCGGACUGCAGGCCUCUCCCUGGCUGCACUGGCCUGGGGGAGGAUUCUAAAGGCCAGCCGGCCUUCCCGAGCAUCGGGCAAAACGGCGUGCUCUUCCCCAACCUGAAGACAGUCCAGCCAGUCCUUCCUUUCUACCGCAGCCCGGCCACUCCAGCCGAGCUGGCCAACACGCCAGGGAUGCUGCCCUCCCUCCCGUUCCUGUCCUCUUCAAUCCCUGAACAGCUCGUUUCCAACGAAAUACCCUUCGAUGCCCUUCCCAAGAAGAAAUCUCGCAAGUCCAGUAUGCCCAUCAAGAUAGAGAAGGAAGCUGUGGAAAUAACUAACGACAAGAGGCAGGCGCUCAGCUCAGAUGAAGACGCGCCCCUGCAGGUGGUCAGUGACGAGGAGCCCGAGGUCUGCAGUCCCAGGUCAGACCCAGAGCCCUGCGAGCGGCACGUGCAGUCCGUGCGCUUAGGGAAGCCCCGCCCCGAGGGAGACAGGCCCCGCCCCCUCGGGCUGGGGCGUGAGUCCGGGGGACCCAUCCGCCUAAGCCCUGAGCCGGCCACGCACAGCUCGGAGAGGGAGACCGAGCAGAAGCCAGCGGUGACCUUGGUGCCGAGAGAGGUCGAGGACGGUGACCGCGAAUUGCGCCUGGUACCGGUGCUGGAGCCCUGCGUUCCUUUUCCCGACUACAUCGAACUGCAGCAGCAGCUGCUGGCCGGGGGGCUCUUCGGUGCUUUGUCCACCAGGGGGAUGGCCUUUCCUUGUUUGGAAGAUUCUAAAGAACUGGAGCACAUGGGUCAGCACGCCUUAGCGAGGCAGAAGGAAGAAAAUCGCUUCCAGUGCGACAUCUGUAAGAAGACCUUUAAAAACGCCUGCAGUGUGAAAAUACACCACAAGAACAUGCAUGUCAAGGAGACACACAUGUGCACCGUCGAGGGCUGUGAUGCCACCUUCCCUUCCCGUAGGAGCAGAGACAGACACAGUUCAAACCUAAACCUCCACCAAAAAGUUCUGACCCAAGAAGCACUGGAGAGCCGUGAAGACCACUUCCGUGCGGCUUACCUUCUGAAAGACGUGGCCAGGGAGGCCUAUCGGGAUGUGGCUUUCCCCCAGCAAGCCUCCCAGACAUCUGUCAUCUUCAAAGGAACGAGCCGGAUGGGCAGUCUGGUUUACCCAAUCACCCACAUCCGCAGCGCUGGCCUGGAGCGCUAUGGCCCCGGCCCCCCGAGUGAGGGCACUGUCCUCGAUCUGAGCACUACCUCGAGCGUGAAGUCGGAGAGCAGCAGCCAUUCCUCCUGGGACUCCGACGGGGCGAGCGAGGAAGGCCACAUGCUCACUGAGGACAGCGACGGAAACUGCGAAGGGCUGGGCCUGGUGCCCGGGGAGGACGGGCUGCCCCUGUGUGUCCUGCUGGAGAAAGCUGACCGGAGCCUCGCCAGCCUGCCUUCUGGGCUGCCCAUAACCUGUCACCUCUGUCAAAAGACAUACAGUAACAAAGGGACCUUCCGGGCCCACUACAAAACUGUACACCUCCGCCAGCUCCACAAAUGCAAAGUGCCAGGCUGCAACACCAUGUUUUCCUCUGUCCGCAGUCGAAACAGACACAGCCAGAAUCCCAACCUGCACAAAAGUCUGGCCCCGUCUCCAGGCCAUCUCCAGUGA